ACAAGCUUCAUAGCAUUCCUGAAGGAAAAUCAACCCUCAGACCGACAUCAUGAAGACAGCUGUAGUAUUGCUUUGCUUGACAGCGCUUGUGAAUACAGCGAUGUGCGUACAGGCAUCACCCCAAUGGCCAAUCAUUGUUCUGCUAAGAGCACGACAGCCGAAAUGUACCCUCGAAACACCACUGGGACAGGUUGAGUUCUGUGUGGACGUCGACGGUAUUGCAUGGGACAUAUUGACACGAGCCAACAUUCCCGGUUUAUCGAUAAGUUCGCCCGGUCUGCCACCAUGCACGUACGACACACCGAUUGGCAAGCUGGAUGAGUGUAACGACAUUAACGAUUUGGUGUUUGCCGUAUUGGUAAAAACGGGACAUCUUCGUUAAAUCGCACUACGACAGUUAAUUCAUCAAUAAAUAAUAUUAGCCUGUGAAUGCAAACGGUCAAAGACAUCGUGCCUAGCAUGAUUCCAA